GGGUCGGGUAAAAGCUAGUAUUAAUGGAGGAUUCAAAAUUCCUAUUUAACCUCAUUCCCUUCCCAUUCCCCCCUCGAAAGUUUGGACUGCCCGCCUACAAACAAAACCCUACAAUCGGCGAUCUGUGCAUUUCCUCCUCCGACCAAUUUUCCAUCGCUCGCCCUUCCAGAGAUUGCAGCAGCGCCGGAGGUGAUCUAUUGACCAAUAGUCUCUCGCCAGUCGCCGGUGGAACUAUCAUCCGAAACAGGUGGACUCCUGUUUUCUAGAUUCCGUUCUUGAUCGAUUUUUAGUUUCCAAUCCCUUUUGAUUUCCUGUUUUAGGUUGAAUUGAAUGGUUGCGUCGAUUAGAAAGCCAUGAACAUUAGCAGCAGUAGCUGCGAUUUGGGGAAAACUGUAAAAAAGUGCUGUGAAGAAGAUAGUACUAUAAACACCACUGACAGGUUAACCCAUCUUCCAGAAUUCAUUAUUCAUCAUAUCAUUUCGUUUCUCGACACAAAAUCCGCGGUCCAGACCUCCGUGUUGUCUCGAGCAUGGAGGUCUACUUGGAAACAUAUCUCUGUUCUCGAUUUCGAAAGUUAUUCAUUCAAAAGUUAUUCGAGCUUCGGUGGGUUUGUGGAGAAUGUUCUGUCACUUCGCUGCCCCUCUAACGUCGUCAAGGUGACAUACUAUGACAACAAUGAGGACGAGGAGGUGGAGGAGGAGGAAGGAGAAGGUAGUUUGUGUGGCAAGAUCAUCAAAUAUGCAUUAUCUCGCGAUACUCAACAUUUGGUGAUUAGCCUUCACUAUAUUAUGGACGUCGAAGACAGUUACAGAUUCUGUGAUUUGUUUGGCACAAUCUUGGACUCCAAGCUCAAAACUCUAGACCUCUGCUCGGUCCAAAUCGAUAGUGGAUUUGGAUGCUCUGGUUUCAGAUUGCUGACAGCAUUAGAGGUGGGACAUUGUGUAUUGGCUUCUGAUCAAGAUGGGGACUUUGAUCCUUUCUCUGGCUUUCCAUGUCUGCAGGAUUUGGUCCUGAGUCAUUGCGACCAUGAUGGUCGUGGCGGUCUCGAGCCUGGAAGGCUCAAGGUAUCUGGGGGGCAAUUGCUUAACCUGAUGUUGGAAGAAGUUUGGGCUUAUAAGAUGGAAAUAUUUGCACCAAGACUCAAGUUCUUCAGCCUUCAGCAUGACUUGAACUUGCUGAAAUUCUCCAAGUUAACCUUUCCUUCCCUCGACCAUGCUGUUAUUCGGAUCAAUGACAGCUUCGGAUUCCUGGAGGGUAACAAGGAAUGUGUGACACAAAGUUUUAUCUGUUUGUUCCAAGGUCUGAGUAACAUAAGUUCUCUCAAGCUGGACCCUUUCACCAUUGAGCUACUAAGCAAUACUUGGGAGCUUCUGGAGCAAGAGCGUCCCCCCUUUACGAGAUUGAAGUCCUUGAUUGUGCGAGCUGACAAUAUACCUUACCUACUGAGCAAUUACUUGCUUAAGGGGUCAUCUAGUAUAAAACCAAUAUUGUGUUUGAAUAACGUAUUGGUUGGUCAUCUUACCAUAGUUUCUGAUUGGGGUGGGCAAUAUUAGGGUAAAAUACCUCGGGUAGCACUUAAGUUUGAGAAUUGGGGUAGACAUACCACUUAAGCUUGAAUAGGGCGUCGGGUACCACUGAACUCUAUUAUAUGUGCACCCUGUACCACUUAAGUUUACUGUUAUGUGCAUUGUGUUAAAGUUGACAGAAUAUUCUUAGAAUAUUCCGUUUUCUAAAUUUCAUUAUUUGUCCUUCUACUUUUCUUAUUGUAAAAAACCAUUUGGACUUAUGGAAAACAUAAUUUUUUAUUGUUUAAUUAGAAUCCUCUUUUGAAUACUUGAUAGCAAAUCAAUAAUUCAAUAUAAAAUUUAGAAUCAAUU